ACUCAGCUAGAGAUAGGGGAGGAAUUAGUUCAGUUUGUAUUUUAUUGUGAACCUACCUAGUUCAUACUUCCUAAACCAAUUUGUGGACUGAAACACCACUCUUCUUCUAAAUUCAUACUUCUCUAAAUUUUAUAGGGCAAUUUUCCACAAAAACUUUGUAGUAAAAACAGCAUAUAUUAAGAUGCCUUCCCUUGGGUACCCGAGACUAGAUCAAGGACCUGUCGGAUUUCAUUCUUAGCUGUUUGCUAGCAGAAUCCAGCAUCAGAUGCUUCAAAGAAUGCUGUUCUCCUUGACACUGUGCAGGACUCUACCUGAUGCUCCCAAAGCAAGAGGACACACAGUCCUCAACAGUCUUCCUCCUAGCGAAGGGGCUGCGGAUGUGAGUCUGUCUCUUCAAGCAUUUCAAGCUUGCCGAUCCUGCUUGCUGCAGCCUCCGUUUUGAAUGCAGUCAGAUCAAAUUGCGGCAAAGGAGAUCUUCCCUUCCGUUCACUUUGAGGUGUAUAAUGAUUCCUACAACUGUCUGGUUCUCCAAAGGUUUCCUGGGAGGCUGUCUGGCACUCUGGUCCUGAAGCAUCUAAAACCAAAAAAAUUCAUAUGGUCCUGAUGUAUAUGGAUGAUCACAUACCAGUAUGGCAUAUAUUAGUGACGCGGGAGGUCUAUCAAGAAAACAAGAUAGCAAGGCAACUCUAGUGGAAGACUUCUAGCAUGAGAACUCCGCACCAGUAUCAGUGAAGGCUGCUUUGUCCCUGCCACCCCCACUUAUGCUCGUAUCUGUAGGAAGAGGACCACAACCAAUGAAAAAUUUCAGGGACCAGGUUAUCAUCCAGCCCGAAGAAGACUUCCAGAGAGCUCAAAAGAGCUCACUACCUUUGCAUGACAUUUCAGCUGGUCCUAAUAAAGAGCGAAAAGCAGCACAAAGCAGAGUGGUGCCUUACUGUGAGUUGAAGAAGUGCGUGUGAGAGGAUUGUGAACGCAGCUCCCAGGACCCACAAUGCCCCUUCGAUGUGCCGAAGAGAAAUCUAAUGAUGAAAUUGCUUUGGAGAGCUAAAAUGAGCUCAAUUCAGGAUUGGGGUGAAGAGGUAGAAGAAGGAGCAGUUUACCAUGUCACCCUGAAAAGAGUGCAGAUCCAACAGGCUGCUAAUAAAGGAGCAAGAUGGCUAGGGGUUGAAGGGGACCAACUGCCCCCAGGUCAUACCAUCAGCCAAUAUGAGACAUGUAAGAUCAGGACAAUAAAAGCUGGCACUCUGGAGAAGCUUGUGGAGAACCUUCUAACAGCUUUUGGGGACAAUGACUUCACCUAUAUCAGCAUAUUUCUGUCAACAUACAGGGGCUUUGCAUCUACAAAAGAAGUUCUGGAACUUCUUCUUGACAGAUAUGGAAACCUGGAGAUCUCAAACUGUGAAGAAGAUGGGAGCCAGAACUCUACCGAGACCAAAACAGUACUCAGGAACGCCAUAGCCUCCAUCUUGAGGGCCUGGCUAGACCAGUGCUCUGAAGACUUCCAAGAGCCACCCCAUUACCUUUGUUUGAGGAAACUGUUGGAUUAUCUGACACGGAUCAUGCCAGGGUCAGACCCAGAGAGAAGAGCACGACACCUGUUGGAGCAGUUUCAGAAGCAAGAACUGGUAAAAGACAAUGGGAUUCAUGAUACCCUUGCCCUUGAAGAAAAAAUGGAGGACAGUGGCUCAGAAGAGUUCUCUUCUUUCCCGGAAGAUCUUGUGGCAGAACAGCUAACCUACAUGGAUGCUAAACUAUUUAAAAGAAUGGUGCCACAUCACUGUUUGGGCUGCAUCUGGUCUCGUAGGGAUAAGAAAGAAAACAAACACUUGGCCCCCACCAUCAGAGCCACCAUCGCACAGUUCAAUGCAGUCACCAAAUGUGUCGUCCGAACCAUUUUGAAUGGUAGAGACUUGAAAACGCAGCAGCGAGCCAAGAUCAUAGAGAAGUGGAUCAAUAUUGCACAUGAAUGUAGGAUCCUAAAGAAUUUUUCCUCAUUGAGAGCCAUUGUUUCAGCACUACAGUCCAACUCCAUCUAUCGGUUAAAGAAGUGUUGGGCGUGUGUCGCAAAGGACAGAAUGUUGAUGUUCGAAGAACUGUCAGAAAUUUUCUCAGAUCACGACAACUAUUUAACAAGCCGGGAGUUGCUAAUGAGGGAAGGAACAUCUAAGUUUGCUAAUUUGGACAGCAACGUGAAAGAGAACCAGAAGAGAACUCAGAGGAGGCUUCAACUACAGAAAGAUAUGGGUGUAAUGCAAGGCACUGUUCCUUACCUUGGUACUUUUCUGACUGACCUGACGAUGCUUGACACAGCUCUUCAGGACUAUGUGGAGGGAGGGCUAAUAAAUUUUGAAAAGAGAAGGAGGGAGUUUGAAGUAAUUGCUCAGAUUAAGCUCUUGCAAUCUUCCUGUAAUAGUUAUUGCAUGACUUCAGACAGAAAAUUCAUCCAGUGGUUCAGGAAACAACGACAUUUAACAGAGGAGGAAAGCUAUGCCCUCUCUUGCGAGGUUGAAGCAGCUGUCGACCCCACUACCACCUCACCAAAACCUCGAAAGAGCAUGGUGAAGCGGCUAAGCCUGUUAUUUCUGGGAUCUGAUGUAAUUGCCAACAGCACCCCUACCAAAGAGCAGCCCAAGUCUACACCAAGUGGGAGCUCUGGUGAAAGCAUGGAUUCUGUCAGCGUAUCAUCCUGUGACUCAAACCAUUCUGAGACGGAGGACAUCUGCAUCACUCCCACUGACACUCCUGACGAGCCCCAGAAGAAACUUUCUGAGUCCUCCUCCUCUUGUUCCUCCAUCCACUCCAUGGACACAUCUUCAUCAGGGUUGUCAUCCUUCACCAGUACCCUCUCGUCUCCUCCUUCACUGGUCAGCAACCCCAGAAUCCACAAACGCUCCAUCUCGGUCACCUCCAUUACCUCAACCGUCUCGCCUCCUGUUUACAACCAGCAGAACGAAGACACCUGCAUCAUUCGUAUCAGUGUAGAAGACAAUAAUGGCAAUAUGUACAAGAGCAUCAUGUUGACCAGCCAAGACAAGACUCCAGCCGUCAUCCAGAGAGCAAUGUUGAAACACAACUUGGAAUCUGAUCCUGCAGAGGAUUAUGAGCUGGUGCAGAUCAUCUCUGAGGACAAAGAAUUAGUGAUCCCGGACAGUGCCAACGUCUUUUAUGCCAUGAACAGCCAGGUGAAUUUUGACUUCAUCCUGCGGAAGAAAAACUCCUUCGACGGGCAAGUCAAACUGAGAAGCCGUUCCAGCUUGACUCUUCCCAGGACCAACAAGAAGGGGUGCUGGAGCAACAGAAACAGUAAAAUCACACUUUGAGAAUGGAUAAGCCAAGACAAAAGUGAUGGGGUUUAAAGAAAAUGGCUGAGGCUAUCCAGUCUUGCAAUCUCUUCUAAAAAUGAAUGUGUCAGUAUUCAGCUUUGGGAAUGCAAAGCUAACCUUUGGUAUAAAGAGACACGCAUUGAGAUGCAAACAAAAUGGACCUGAGUGGAAAAAACAGCCUACAGGCACUUUUUUUUUUCUUUGCACAGUCUUCAAGAAUACAAGGCCAUUUUCUACCAGGAAGUCAAAGAACAGUACACCUGAUCUUAACUUUACUGUGGCCUUCCCCAUUAUUCUCAAGCCUUUGUUAUACCAGUAUUAAUUUGGAGAGAUUUCCUUUUUUUAUUUAAUAAAUGGAAGAAAGCUAUUUUACUAGUUCCACCUGUAUUUACAGGAGGAGGAAGAGCAUCCGGGUGCCCAUUGGCUGAAUGAUAACACUGCUGGAUGGAUGGUGUAGAGGGGCUGAUGGGUUGUUCCCUACCUGCCCAACUGCUAUUUCAGAGGAGGUAGCACAGCUGCUGAAAGCCAGGAGAGAUUAGCAUGUCCUAGAAUAUCCCUGCGCCCUCCAUCUCUGGAGCCAUCCCAGGCAAUGCAGCUUCAUAGUGUUGGUUUGCCUGCUCUGUGAUUUUAGCUGGAAAAAAUACAUCCCCCCCGACCAUUAAGAAAAUAUGAUCCAGUUGAAUGCCUUAUUCACUUGGGUAGAGAGGACAAGGCAAAGCCAAUACAGUAGGGCCCCGCUUUACUGCGCUUCGCUUUACCGCGAUUUGCUAAUACAGCUGUCUCAAUUAGACACAAUUAGACUGAAGCCCCACUCAUACGGCACUUGUUCCGCUUUUACAGCGGUUUUCGGGCACCAUUCUAUUCAAUGAGUUCAGCUUCACAGCAGUUUUUGCUUUACAGCGGGGGUUCGGAAUGUAACCCACCGUAUGAGUGGGGCCCUACUGUACAAACACACACUACUGCUCUUAAUGCCACGAUGUUGUUUUUCUUCUGCUUUGUUAUCCUAUUUAUCAAAAGAAACUCAAAGUAUAUUUCUUUGGCCUGUGCAAUUUUACUCCCUUCCAGGUGUGGAGCUGUUUACCUGUAUUCAGCCAUAUUGGCAGCACAGUAAACAAUGUAGCAAUGUUUUAUAGUCUAAAAAACAAAAUCCAAACUUAACUAAUAGCCAGCAUUUGAGAAAACCACAGCCUUGUGGAAUUUGUAAUUAUUAAAGAUUUACAGAAGCUCCCUUCUCUUAGAAGAUAUCCUUUAGCUGAAUAAUGUCCUGAUGUGGUAUAUCCUUAAAGGAAUAGAUCAUUUUGCCUCCACCCCAUUGGUAUUUUAUUUUGUCACACAUUCAGUGACAAAAUUUCAGAGUGCACACUAAACUGAUGUAUAAUCACAGGAAGGGUUGAAAUUAAAGCCAUAGUGGAGGCAUUUGUGCUGGAUUGUGAAAUGGUGGCUGGGAAGAUUGCAAACUAGAAGAUUGGCAAACGCUGCAGCAGAGGAGCUCUCACCCUUCCCAGUAGGCUUCCCCCUCUUUACUGCCUUUUCUCUCCUGUUGAUUUGGAGAUGGGGCUCCUUUCCCCCUUGGUUACCAUUCAGCACCUGUGGCCACUUCUUACCAGCUCAUCUCCCCCCCCCAUCUCAUUGGCGGUGGCUGCUGGAACAGCCUUUUCCUUUACAAGAACAGAUUGCAGUUGCUUUUCAGAAUAUCUCUUUCCAAAAGCCAAGCAGAACCACAGCUAUCCAAGCAAUUACUCAGAAGCAAGUUGCACCCAGGCCAAUAGGAUUUACUUCCUUGUUGAGAAUGCUUAUGAUUGCAGCCAUAGUUACACAUGGAAGGCAAGGUUUUGUUUCAUUUGUAGCACUAAUUAAAAACCAGGGCCUGGAUCCAAAGACCUCACACAAAGCACUCGUUACUCCUUCCCAUCAUACGUUUUAGUAAUUAUCAAUUCCAAAUAUGGUUUGCCCUGCAGUAGGGAAGUGUUGCUGUUUGAGAAAAACAAACUGAAUGUCUCCUUGGGCUCAUGGCAGUGAUUUCACAAUUCUUGGGACCCUGGCGCAUCUAUUAAGCCAUGGCACUAUGAUCAUAAUCAGAGCCGUGUAAACACUGCAGUUCUGCAGAAGCAAAGAAAAAGUAAACUGGGUGCAGAAUUCAGCUUCCUAAAAUAUGUUUUCAUUUUAAUAAUAAAAAAGCCAAUUUGUGGCCUUAUGGUCACAGAGAUAUGCUUGGAAAAGUGUAUGGGUAAUGCCUAGUGAAAUUUCAGAAGCCAGAGGAAUUACCAAAUGAGCGCCAGUAGAAACACACUAAGCAAGUUCUGUAAAGUAAGAGGAAUCAUGCAUAUGGAUUGCAGAAUACAGCUUUUCUUUUGCAGAACUUUGGUUACUCUGGCACUGAACUUUAUUUUAGCAGAGUAUACACGGCCCUGGGUAACAACUCACCAGUUAAGUGUUUUUAAAAUCCAUCUGGUUUUAUCAGAUAAUGCAUUUUGCACUAUGUGAAACUUUUCUGUUUCAAAACACACUCUGUUUUGGUUUAUGUAACUUAAUCCCUGCAUGGUGUUAUUGCCUAGAGGAGAUUCAAAACUGAGCCUUAAAAGUGUCCAGAGUUAGGAUGGAUUUUCUGACAACCAAGGUCCAUUCUAUUUGUUUUCUGGUAAAAGAAGCAAUGCAAUGAAUGUGUUACAUGUGUGAGUAAGUAUAUGCACAUACUCACACUCUGUAUAUAUCUGUAGAAUCAGCUAGAUUUUUAUAUUGUUAAGCUUGUGAUGAUAAAAAGUAUUUCUAAACAAAAGUGAGAAUUAUUAACAA